GGUGUAGCAAAAAAAAAAAAAAAAAAAAAAGGUGGAAGGGGAGUGCAAUUAAGGACUCAGAGAUCUGAGUUCUUGGAACCAAGAUUGCAGCCUUGGGUCCUUAAAGGACUGCAGUUAGAAAAACUCAAGGACAGAGAAUGGUGGGCACAGAGGGGGCACCACUGGGGAGUUUGGAACAGGGGAACCUGAGUCAUCAGAAAUGGAAACGCCAAGCUAAAAGGGGCCAACUGCUUGGACAAGGAAGUCCCUGGCCCAGAGGUCAGAGAAGGCUCUGAGCCCUGGGGUCGGAAGGAAGCACAGCCCAGUGUUCCAGGGUCCAAGAUAAAAGGGCCUCAAGGGGAAGGCCGACAGGCUAAAUCCAGGUGUGCCCAAGACCCAAGGAAAGGGCCCCUUCUCCAGGAAAGAACGUGAUGAGUGUUUAUGCAACAGCUAUUUCCCGGGUACCUGCCUACCCUGCACAGGCCCGUCUGCUGGAUGCUGGCCAUGGCCCAGUCCUCGCCCUCAAUAUGCAGUGAGUGAAAGAGCGUUAAAGGGCUGACUGCGCAGAGCCAGGUAAGCGCUAUGACAGAGGACACGACCGCGGGGGGAGCCUAGAGGGCAGCGACUAGGGAGCUUCACGGAGGAGACCUCUUGAGAGGGAAGCUGGCUGGACCUAGAAGGGUUGGUAGAGGCCAGGCCAAAGCAGGGCUGUGCAUAGGCCUGGAGGCCCAGAGAGCAGAGAGGGCGCAGCCGCUGACCUCACAAUACCCAGGGCCCCUGGGCCGGCCCUGCACCUGCAAACUCUGCUGCCCUCCUCCCGCCCGGGCAAGGCCGGGGGCCCUGGGCAGCCUCCAGGUGCAGCGGCCUCCCACGGGCUGCUCCCUUCCCGCUGCCCUGGGGCAUGUCUCUACUCACCAAUUAUGAGGGGCUUCGGCAUCAGAUCGAGAGGCUGGUGAGGGAAAAUGAGGAACUGAAGAAGCUGGUGCGGCUCAUUCGGGAGAAUCACGAGCUCAAGUCGGCAAUCAAGACGCAGGCGGGCGGCCUGGCCAUCAGCGGCUUCAGCAGCGGGCUUGGCGAGGUGGCAGCCGGCCCUCCUCCACACCAGGGUAACUGUGUCUUCCUGCCCCCGGCCCCGGCGGCAGCAAACGAACCUGUCCUGGAAGAAGUGGGGAUUGUGGCGCUGGCACCCCUGGCCGACAUGCUCAGCAGCCCGCAGCCCAGCCCCGUGGCAGCCCCCAUCGUGAGCCCCCUGACAGGCCCUCUCAACGUGCUGCUGCCCUGCCCAGGGCCCGUCUCACAGAGCAGCCCACUCACCAACCUCCUGACUGGCCCCCUGAGCAGCCACCUGGCCAGCCCCGUGGCAGUGUCCCCGGCAGGCACACUGGCCAGCUCCCUGGGCCUGCCCUCCACCGGCCCCCUGACUCCCAGCAGCCCCCUGGCGGCCCCAGCUGUGUCUCUGAGCAGCCCCCUGCUGACCUCCACGGCUGCCCCUCCAGGUGUCUCUCAGAACCUUCUGGCCAACCCCAUGAGCAAUCUGGUGCUGUCGGAGCCCCCCAGGGUGCGGCUGGCAGAACCGCUCCAAGGAUGCCCCUCUGGACCCCAUCCCUCAGCUGCCGGGGGACCUGCUGCCACCAGCAAAGUCCCACAGUCCACUGAGCAACCCCAGCCAGCCCAGGAGCAGGAGCCCCUCAGCAUGACGUUUGUGGGCACACCCAUCCAGACCUCCACCCCUGUUGGUGCCCUGGGCACACCCGGCCCCGUGACAGCCUUCUCCUACGGCACCUCAGACGCCCGGACACAGCCUGGUGGCCCCCAGGGACCAGCGGUUCCUGCCUCUGUCCCCGCCUCCACUGCCUCCCCCAACAUCGCAAUCCCCGCCCCUGCCCCCACUCCUGCCCCCCCUGCCGCCAGCUACACUUCCUCAAGCACCCCCCACCUCUCCGCCCGGGCGCACCACUCCCCCACCCGGCCCUCAGCCACCCCCCACUCCCCUCCACACAACCCCCACUCCCCUCCUCGAACCUCGUCCUCCCCGGCCUCGGUCAGCGACACCCGAGGUCCACGCCCAGAACCGUCUCGGAAGAGCAUCCCAGAGCUGGAGCGGAAGCUGGCCCAUCGGAAGAGCAGCAAGUUCCCUGACGGCCCCCGAGAGGCAAAGCACCUGGCCUGGGAGAGGCUGGUGGGGGAGAUCGCCUUCCAGCUGGACCGCAGGAUCCUGUCCGGGAUCUUCCCCGAGCGCGUGAGGCUCUACGGCUUCACCGUCUCCAACAUCCCGGAGAAGAUCAUCCAGGCCUCCCUGAACCCCAGUGACCACAAACUGGAUGAGGAGCUGUGCCAGACACUCACACAGCGCUACGUCAGCAUCAUGAACCGCCUGCAGAGCCUGGGCUACAACGGACGGGUGCACCCUGCGCUGACCGAGCAGCUGGUGAACGCCUACGGCAUCCUGCGGGAGCGCCCCGAGCUGGCUGCAUCCGAGGGCGGCUCCUACACCGUGGAUUUCCUGCAGCGUGUGCUGGUGGAGACCGUGCACCCCAGCAUGCUGACCGACGCGAUGCUGCUGCUCUCCUGCCUCAGCCAGCUGGCACAUGACGAUGGCAAGCCCAUGUUCAUCUGGUGAUGCUGACACCCACAAGCCCCGACUCUCAGCCUGCCCCUCCGUGCACAGCCAUUAAAAUCCCCACAGGGGAUUAAAAUCCGGCCACAGGAGACUCCUGGGGGAUGUUGCCUCCUCUGGGUGACUUGCCAGUGCCCCUCCCCGGUGCCCCUUCAGUCCUGCCUGCCUGAGGCCCAGGCCCAUUCUGGGGCCCCUGGAGAGAGCCCCCAAACCAAAGCUCAGCAGCUGUCUGGCCAAGGCAAGGUGUGUCAAAGGCCCCAAGGCUCCCCUCGCCUGGCCUGGUGGUGGGAGCGCGGGCGCCCUGAGGCCUGGAGGGAGAAGAGCAGGAAGCGGGAAGGAGCCAACCUGGCAGGGAAGGGUCGUGGGUGUGCCAGCAGCACUGGUGACUGGUGCAGGGAGCAGAGGCCUGGGUACAGAGCAGAAGGCAGGGGUGGCAUCAAGAGAUGCAGGCAUAGGUCUUCUUCCCUCUACUCAGCAGGGACAGGAGGGUAGGGACAAAUGCUUCUGGACCCUCACUGAGGGCAGGGGGACACUGGAAGCCAGGAGAAAGUGGACCCACUCAGGCCCAGGGAGGUGGAGUCUCUUCCUAAGGCACCACUGGAAGGGACAGAGAGCCGCCAAGGGCUGACUCCCCCCACACUGCAGGGGCAGAGCCUGGGCAGGAGCGGCAAGCCUGGCCUGGGUGGGGGGGGCGGGAAGGGGCUAUGGAACUCUGGGAGGUAGCCUAGAGACUCAGACGAGGUCUGGCUUGUGGGUGGCAGAAAGCUAGGAGGUGCAGGCCAGUCGGGUCCCUGGGAGGA